AUGAUAGAUAGAAAAAAGAGAUCUCGUUCAUCUAUCUUUUUUUCUCUACUCUCUCUAAAGAGGAAUAGAAUAGACAUCCCCUUAGAUGUCUAUGUAUCCUUUAUCCCCUUUUUUUUAGCGUUAUAUCUUAUCUGCUCUCUCUCUCUAAAAAAUGGAGAGAGAAAGAGCAGAUGGAUCCUAUCCCCUAUAUCGAACACUAAAUCCUAUCUAUUGAUAGAAAGAUCUUCGUCAAAUACCGGACUUUGCCUGUUUUUUAGGAAUUCCUCAUACUCAUAUCCAAGGCAGCUUACCACAAGCACCCCACCCCAUACGACUAGUUGGGGUUCGCCUUUUUAA